AUGCUUUUUGGCUUAACUAACUCGGGUCAUCCACUUCGACUGGUGUCGCAGCAUACGCUAGCUGGAGCAUAUAAGGCGAAUGGACGGGUCAAGGAUGCGAUGCAGCUACUGGAAGAGGUGGUACGGAUUGAGCAGACCCUGCCGGAGGACGAGUCAGCUCGACUGGCAUCACAGCACGAGUUGGCACGAGCGUAUGAGGCGAAUGGACAGAUCAAAGAUGCGGUGCGGCUACUGGAAGAGGUAGUGCGGAUUGAGCAGACACUAGCGGAGGACGGUCCAGCUCGGCUGGCGUCGGAGCAUGAGUUGGCACGAUUGUAUAGGGCGAAUGGACAGACUGAGAGGGCAAUCAAGCUGCUGGAGGAGGUGGUGCGGAUCCAGCAGACAUUGCCAGAGGACAAUACCCGGCGACUGGCGUUUGAGCACAAUCUGGCCCUUUGCUUAUGGGAACUCGGUCAGCACUUUCCGGCUUUGGAGAUGAUGAGGCAUGUCGUGGAGACUUCCAGACGGGGACUUGACCCUGAUCAUCCUAAUCGUAUAGGAGCCGAGCGAGCGUUGGAAUACUUCGAAGAGGAAUAUCUCCGUGGCAGCUCCUUCAGGUUGCGGUCAGUCAUGACAUUCCAUUUCGAAAUUAACCUAUGUUUCCACAGCGAUAAGGAGCUGCCACUUGUGCAGCGAUCCGAGAAGCAGUGA